GGGCCGGCGGGGCUGCUCCGCUCCGCUACGCCGCGGCCAUGCCGGGGCUGCCCCUCGCCCUGCUCCUACUGCUAGUGGCCCUCGGGGGGUCCGGGGCUGCGCCCCCCCGCAGCACCCCCAGACCCCGAGGGCUGCCGCCCCCCCCCGCCCAGCCCGCCCGGCCCACGGCCACAGGGAUGGGCACCGCCACCGGCCCCCCGCCAGGCACCGGGCUCCCCGCGAGGAGCAUCACAACGGCACCCCCCAAGGGCAGCCGGGCGACCCCCCCGAAAGGCACCCCGACCCCCCCGAGAGGCAGUGGACCAUCCCCGAAGGGCAUCACGACGGGACCCCCCAAAGGCACAGCGACGGCACCCCCCAAAGGCACUGAGCCAGCUCCCCCGAAAAGCAUCACGACCCCCACGAAAGGCAUCGGGGGCCCCACGAAGGGCACAGCGACGGCACCCCCCAAAGGCACCGGGGCAGCCCCCUCGAAAGGAACCACGGCCCCCACGAAAGGCACCGGGGCCCCCCCGAGCGGCACAGCGACGGGAUUCCCCAAAGGCACCGGGGCAGCUCCCCCGAAGGGCACCACGAGCCCCCCGAAAGGCACCGGGGCCCCCGCGAAGGGCACAGCGACCGGCCCCCCCAAAGGCACCGGGGCGUCCCCCUCCCCGGUGAGCGAGACCCCGGCCAGCCCCGGCCCUUCCGAGAGCGGGGGGCUGCAGGAGGGGACCCCCGGGGGCAAAGCCCCGGCCGGCAGGAAGAAGCUGGUGAGGGUGAAGGUGGUGAGGAAGAAGGUGGUGAGGAAGAAGAAGCCAAAGGCUCCAGCCAAGGAGGCAGCUGCUCCGCAGGAGCCUGGGUGCCCCCCGCUGGGGCUGGAGUCCUUGCGGGUGCUGGAUUCCCAGCUGCGAGCCUCCAGCCACAAGCGCUAUGGGCUGGGGGCACACCGCGGCCGCCUCAACAUCCAGUCAGGGCUCUACGAUGGAGACUUCUACGACGGGGGCUGGUGCGCAGGGCGGGAGGACAGGCAGCAGUGGCUGGAGGUGGAUGCCCGCCGCCUCACCAACUUCACUGGCAUCAUCACCCAGGGGCUCAACUCCAUCUGGACGUACGACUGGGUGACGUCCUACAAGGUCCAGGUCAGCAACGACACACACACCUGGCACCCGUGCCGCAACGGCACCCAGGAGGCGGUGUUCCCUGGGAACAAGGACCCUGAGACGCCAGUGCUGAACCUGCUGCCCACGCCGGUGGUGGCACGUUACCUGCGCAUCAACCCCCAGAGCUGGUUCCCCAACGGCACCGUCUGCCUGCGGGCAGAGGUGCUCGGCUGCCCCGUGCCAGACCCGAACAACAUCUACGCCUGGCACAGCCAGCCCGUGCCCACGGACAAGCUGGAUUUCCGCCAUCACAACUACAAGGAGAUGAGAAAGCUGAUGAAGCGGGUGAGCGAGGAGUGCCCUGACAUCACCCGCAUCUACAGCAUUGGCAAGAGCUACCUGGGCCUCAAGAUGUACGUCAUGGAGAUCUCCGACAACCCUGGGCAGCACGAAGUGGGCGAGCCCGAGUUCCGGUACGUGGCCGGGAUGCACGGCAACGAGGUGCUGGGCCGGGAGCUGCUGCUCAACCUGAUGGAGUACCUGUGCCGGGAGUUCCGCCUGGGCAACCCCCGCGUGGUGCAGCUGGUCACGGAGACACGCAUCCACCUCCUGCCCUCCAUGAACCCCGACGGCUACGAGACCGCCUACAAGCUGGGCUCGGAGCUGUCAGGCUGGGCCAUGGGCCGCUGGACCUACGAGGGCAUCGACCUCAACCACAACUUCGCCGACCUCAACACAGCCCUGUGGGAUGCCGAGGACAACGACCUGGUGCCCCACGAGUUCCCCAACCACUACAUCCCCAUCCCCGAGUACUACACCUUUGCCAACGCCACGGUGGCGCCUGAGACGCGGGCAGUGAUCGACUGGAUGCAGCGCUACCCCUUCGUGCUGAGUGCCAACCUGCACGGCGGGGAGCUGGUGGUCACCUACCCCUUCGACAUGACCAGGACCUACUGGAAGGCACAGGAGCUGACCCCCACGGCUGACGACGGCGUGUUCCGCUGGCUGGCCACCGUCUAUGCCACCUCCAACCUGGCCAUGGCCAGCGAGGAGCGGCGCCUCUGCCACUACGACGACUUCAUGCGCUUCGGCAACAUCAUCAACGGAGCCAACUGGCACACGGUGCCUGGCAGCAUGAAUGACUUCAGCUACCUGCACACCAACUGCUUUGAGAUCACAGUGGAGCUCUCCUGUGACAAGUUCCCACACGUGUCCGAACUGCCAGCUGAGUGGGAGAACAACCGAGAGUCACUGCUGCUCUACAUGGAGCAGGUACACCGCGGGAUCAAGGGGGUGGUUCGGGACAGUGACACGGGGCAGGGCAUCGCCAACGCUGUCAUCUCUGUGGAUGGCAUCAACCAUGACGUCCGGACCGCCUUUGAUGGGGACUACUGGCGGCUGCUGAACCCUGGCGAGUAUGAAGUAACAGCGCGGGCCGAGGGCUACGAGGCUGCCACUCGGCCGUGCCACGUCUCCUACGAGAAUGUGCCCACCCAGUGCAGCUUCCGCCUGGCCCGGGUACGGCGGCAGCGGACACGGGGGCGGCUGCCGGGGGAUAUCCCUGUGCCUCCAGACCUGCUGCUGCGGCUGCGGCGGCAACGCCUGCAACGGCUGCGGGCCCAUCGCCGUGCACCGUGACCAGGGUGCUGCCCCAGGGCCGCAGGCUCGGCGUGCGGGGCCAGAGGCUGCAGCCCGUGCCAGCGGCGGGGCCGGAAAGGCGCGGGGGGCCAUGGGGAACCGUAACUGGAGCGGGUGCUCCCGGUGUCACUGCUGUGCGGGAUACCACCCAGUAAAGUUGGCUGUGCUGCC